AUGCCGCCUAAGUUCGACCCAAACGAAACUAAAAUCGAUAACUUGAGAUGUGCUGGUGAAGAAGUUGGUCUUCUUGGUCUCUCUCCCAUAAAGGUUGGUGAUGACAUUGCCAAGGCUACAGGUGACUGGAAGGGUCUGAAAAUUACAGUUAAACUUAUUGUGCAAAACAGGCAGGUACAAAUAUCUGUUGUUCCAUCAAGUGCAGCUCUUAUCACCAGAGCUCUAAAGGAGCCACCCCGUGACAGAAAGAAGCAAAAGAAUAUUAAACACAGUGGCAAUAUAACACUUGAGGAUGUAAUUGGCAUUGCUAAAAUCAUGCGACCACGUUCAAUGUCUCGAGAGUUGUCUGGGACAGUAAAGGAAAUUCUUGGCACAGCACAAUCUGUUGGCUGCACUAUUGACGGCAGGCCCCAACACAGCCACAACAUUAUUGAUGAUAUCAACAGUGGAGCUAUUACUAUAGAUGAAUAA